CGGAUUUCGCGUUCUCAUCAACCCGCCACCCAUCUAACCACCUCACAACUCAACACACCAAGUCAAUACAAUCCCAGCGACUAUCGGGGACUACCUAAUCCCUGCCCGACCUGGGCACAGAUCCAGUGCGACAUAUAUUCAAUUCCAAUCCCAAGAAACCAACAGCCACGAUUGAUCCACAUCACUACCUACAAAGUCAGGCUCGACCAGCCCAAAAAAAAGGACACAACGUCCACUCCACAGCCAAAUCACCAUGCCACCACGCAAAUCUACUUCCUCGGUGACACCGGCUGAAACAGAUGAGCCGUCACAGCUAUCCCCGCAAGCGCAGAGUACCGUCGACAAGCCCAUUACCGCGACGGAGCAGCAGAUCAAGGCGCGGGCAGAGUUGGGCGUCAGCGUUGAUGACUACCUCCUCCCUCGCUCACUGACAAUCCGACUGGCGAAAGCGGUGCUCCCGCCCAACACGACGAUUCAAAAGGAUGCAGUCCUGGCUAUCCAGAAGGCAGCUACCGUUUUUAUCUCCUACCUCUCGUCACACGCCAACGACGCAACCCUCAAACGUACCGUCGCCCCCGCAGACGUCUUCAACGCCCUCUCCGAACUAGAAUUCGACUCCUUCCGCCCUCGCCUCGAACAAGAACUCGAAGCCUUCACGGAAAUCAAAGCCGGCAAGCGCAAGACCAAGAAGACAGAUGCCAACGGUAAUGCCGGGGAGGGUGAUUCCACCGCUGCAGCGGGUGGCUCUGCAUCUCGCGGCGAAGACGAGGAUGUCGAGAUGGUGGAUAACCCUGCGAAGCGGGUGAAGCGUGAUGGUGAUGAGGUCGGUGCUGCUAGCGCGCAGGUUGAUGGGGAUGAGACGCAGGAGGAGGAUGAGGAGGAGGAGGCUGAAGAGGAAGAGGAAGAGGGGGAGAGCGAGGAGGACGAUGAGGAGGACGAGGAAGAUGAUGGGCGUAGGGGUGAUGAGGAUGUUGAUCGGGUGGAGGAUUUGGAUGCGGCGCCUAGACGGAUGGAUCCUGAUGCUGAUGAGACGGAUGAUGAUGAUGGGCCUGCGAGUCAGCUGCGGGAUGAUCUGGAACUUGGAUAAAGAAGCCCGAGGGAGAGGGAUUGUUGAGAUGUGAGGGUUGUUGGGUCUGGGUGUGUCUUGUUUGGACUUGGUGGUGAUGUCUUUUGGCACUGUGGGCGAAGUCUUUGGAGAGCUUCGCCGUUGCUAUAGAGGUGGAUAUACAUAAUGACGAAUUGAUUCAUGCAUUUUGCUUUGAAGGCUGGAUUAUCUAUUUGUCAGUAUAUGAACGGUGUAGAUAUGCCUAACUAUAGCGAGAAAGGUGACUGCUGGGCAUUGAACUUGACCUGGGCCUGGAUGGCCAAGUGAAAGCCUAUAUCUCU